AUGGCCGACUCUUCAGCCUCAACAGCCCCUGCAGGCAAGCCUGCGGCUGCUCCCAAGCCACCUAACCCGGUCUUCAAAAUGAUGGGCCUGCCCAACAUCCGCUUUAAACUCCCCUCGCGAAACUGGAUGAUUUUCCUCACCAUCACCGGAUCCUUGACCACCGCAAUUGUCUACGACCGCCGUGAGAAGCGACGCGCUCAACAGAAGUGGUGUGAUCUCGUGGCUCAUAUUGCAAACGAGCCUCUAGAUGUGCACCAAAUGCGCCGGAAACUGACUGUCUACCUUGCCGCUCCCCCCGGUGAUGGUCUGCGUGUCGCCCGUGAUCAUUUCAAGGAAUAUGUCAAGCCGAUCUUGACCGCCGCGGCUUUGGAUUAUAACGUGAUCGAGGGACGUCGGGAGGGAGAAGUGCGCGCCGGUACAGCGGAGCAAAUUCGCAAAAUCCGGAGAAAGGCCGGCGAGCAGACCACCGUCGUGGAGGAGCCGAGCGUGGAGACUGUUGUUUUAGCUGCGCGAGAGCAGAUGGGCGUGACCGACGAACCCGGCCCCAAGGGUGAUUUGGUGAUUGGCCGACACACCUGGAAGGAAUAUGUCCGUGGAUUGCACGAGGGUUGGUUGGGACCUCUUGAUCCGCCACCACCUGCUCCUGUCGAAGAGCCAGUUGCUGUUCCAGAAGGUGCAGAAGAAACCAUGAAGGACAUUGCCGGGGGCGACCAGCCUAGCCCUCCGCCAUCCGACAACCAAGAAACUCCCGAGACCAAGCCCGAUGAGGCUAACAAUGGCCAAGUCGCCAAGCUCGAAGAUCUCAAGAUUGAUGACACCAAGACAGAGGAGUCCAAGGCCGAGCAGGAAGAGAAGGAAAAGCCCUCUAAGCCUACCGGCCCUAAGCCCGCCCAUAUUACCACCGCCGAUUACCCUACUGCUCAACUUCCCUCCACUCUCCCCCAGUCUCUCGACAGCUCCAUCCCCAUUGAGUUCCCUCACAUCCUAGGCUUCACGAACACCCCUAUCCGUAUGUAUCGCUACGUCACCCAACGUUACCUCGCUGAGAGCAUUGGUCGUGAUGUUGCCAGCAUUGUCCUGGCCUCCGCCGCUCGACCUUACUGUGAAGAAACCCCCACUUUUGAUUCCGAGCUCGGAGCCGCUUCCUCUUCGCCCGAUGACUCCGUUGCAGAACUGCCCCACGGCAACCACGAGCAGCAGACUGUUCUGGCGAAGGAAGAGAAAGAAUGGCACAGUUCUGUCCACAAACCAACCGAUGAUGACCGGGAGCGCGUCUGGCUCAAUGACGUUGUUCUAGACUCGCGCAUUUCCUCGCGUAUGAAACACUCCCUCAUCUCCGCCGAAGAUGAGGCUCGCUCACAGCGCAUCGCCGAGGAAAAGGAAUACAUUCUCGGCCAAGAGCGUCCUGCGCCUAUCCCCUUCUGGAGAAGCAUGUGGAUCAACUACGGCUAUGGCGAAGAUGAUGAAACUAUCCGCCGCAAACCCAUCUUGGGUAACCUUGAUGGCGAAGAGGGUGCGUGA